AUGACAGGAGCUCAAAUUUCAUACGAAGACACGGAUCAUCACUGGAGAAAAGACUACAUUCUUGGUUCAGGUACGUAUGGUACCGUGUAUUUCGCGUCAAAGCUCGAUUCUCGUCUUUCCCUUUCUCCUCAUUCCCUUUCCGUGGCCGCUGUGAAGUCCGGUAGUGCUUAUUUGUCUUCACUGAAGGAGGAGGGAGAGAUUCUGCACGAACUGAGAGGUUGCCCCGAGAUCGUCCAGUGUUUUGGAGCAGAUAUAAGUUUUGAAAACAAUAGAGACGUCUUCAAUCUUCUCCUUGAAUACGCACCCGGUGGAUCCCUCGCUGAUCUGAUAAAAAACAAAGAAGGAAAAAUGCCAGAAUCUCACAUUGCAUGUUACACUUAUAUGCUGCUUAAGGGUCUCUCCCACGUUCAUGAAAAAGGGUUUGUUCAUUGUGAUAUGAAACCUGAUAAUAUACUCGUUUUUCCCAAUGAACAUGGUAGUACCAUACACAGUCUCAAGAUAGCAGAUUUUGGAUUGGCCAAGAGAAGUGAAGAGGAGGAAGAGUUUAUUCCAGGGUCAUCGAGCUUCAACAGAGGCGCACUGCUAUAUGCUUCCCCAGAAUCCAUAUCUAAAGGGAUACACAAGCCCGUUACUGAUAUAUGGUCUCUUGGUUGCAUUAUUGUGGAGAUGAUCACAGGCAAACCCCUUUGGACUAGUCGGAAUGCACGAGAUUUGAUCGAUGAAAUUAAGUUUGGUCAUCCAAAUAUACCAAAAAAUAUUUCGUAUUGUGCGGAAGAUUUCUUGAAAUUGUGCUUGAUAAAGAAUGAGUAUCAGAGAUGGACGGCCAACAUGCUAUUGAAUCAUCCAUUUAUUUUCAUGAAUCUGUCAGCAUUGCCACUAAAUUUUAAGAAUCCAGUGCUGCCUAAUCCCUUUGGAUCCGAUAUGCAGGCCUAUAAAUUGGACUUAUUUUCCACACCAUCGAAGAUUGAAGAACCUACUGAUCAUUCAGUUUAUGUAUAG